GUUGUUCGCUGUCGAAAUAAAAAGGUAGUUAAAUGACAUUGGUAACUUGUGUGUGUUGGUGCUAUGUAUUAUUAAAUGUAAGCUCAUCAUUGGUUAAGCUGAUUUACCAAACAUAGCGCGUGAUGCUCGCGAAAGCUGGAUAAUGCAGUGAAGCGCAGAAGCAAGUUUAAUAUUUGAAUCGUGAAUACAUGUCAUCCACUUGCAAUACAAAUCUAGAUAGAUGCUUUCAGUAAUAGCAACACAUCAGCUGAUGCAUACUUCUGUUUACAAUGCUCGAUCAUCUCUUUUCGGGAUGGAUUUGGUGUGCUUCCAACCGUCCAGGAUUUUGUAGUGGUACAUUUUUAAUAUCCAUAUUCAUUUUGUCGACUUGGCUCUCUGGAAUUCACGCCAGCCUAAGUUUAGGACCAGGCGGCGAAUUCCCUGGAUUUUAUGAUUUCAUCUUCUACGCCUUAAGUCAUGAGGAGUUAACCUCUUUUCUCUACAACAUCAUCCUGCUGUUGUGGCUCGGACCCUGUCAGGAGAGAAGAUGGGGCACCUUCGUCUUCCUCGCUCUCUCCUUCCUCUCAACUGUGCUUCUACCUCCCAUUUAUGCCCUCUUUCUCUUUGUCACCGGUGAUGAAGCCAGCAGGGUCAGUGGAUACUCAGCUACUCACCUGGCCCUGUUCACAGCUCAGUGUCGGCAGGUGAAGCAGAGGAGAGUCCUGCGUCAUGUUCCUGUCUGGUUCUUGCCUUGGUUCUUCUUACUGCUCAACCUCUUCCUGCUUCCCAGUGCUCCAGGCCUGCUGCACUUUUAUGCCAUUUGCCUGGGACUCAACUACAAUAAAGAGUUCAUUGAUAUAUUGCAGCAGUUCGAAAGACGGGGGGGUUGUGCCUGCUUGACAAAAUGGGCCUACAUCCCUGUUACUUCUCAUCCACACCUGCCAACUUACGUCAGCUCUUUAGAAAGACCCGAGUCUUGUGUUGAGCCAUCUCGGAUGGGACACCUGCCAUCAGUCAGUAGAUCCCAGUUGGAAGAUCAUUCACAUGUGCUGCCAUGGCAGCAUUCUGUGUCUGAGUGGCAUGAGGAGUCUUCGUUGGCAAGAGAUGUGCAUUUGUUAGAGGAGCAGAUGCUAAAGGCUGGGAUAUUAGCGUCACUACAAGAUGCACCUGAGGGUGCGGAUAAAGUUGAAGUACCCAAGUCCUCUGUAUCCUCAUUACGGUUGCAGCAGCUGGAGAAGAUGGGUUUCCCUACAGAGAAAGCUGUUGUGGCUCUUGCUGCUACAGGGCAGCUGGAUGGAGCUAUUUCUCUACUUAUUGAUGAUCAGAUUGGGGAGGAGGCAGUGGUCAUCUCUAAAGGGAAGAAGUCACCAUCAUCCUAGCUCCUGAAUAUUCAGACCAUUUAUGGACUUUUUUCCAAGUUGUUUUAUGGCACUGACUUUGGAUCAUCUCCUUACAUUACUUGCAAGUUAAGCAUGGCAUUGCUCUUGGUCUAGAAGGCAGAGAUUAAGAUGAACUGUUACUAUGCAUUAACCAGUUACUUCAUAACUCUUGGGUGGAGUCCAGUUAAUGAUGGGUGGUGUGGAAGAUUAAUAUAUUUAUAUUAUGGUGUUGGCAGCUAUUACGGUUAAAGUUUAAAUAAUGGAAAAAUGUACUCCAAGCAGCGAUCGAAUUGUCCCAAUGGAUGAGACUUUGAUGUUUAUUAUGAUCCAACAAACCUCUCCAUUGACAUUGUGUCAUUAAACCCACAUUAGUAGAUUGUCACGCAAGGAGGAGCAUGUGCGUAUGUUAGUAUGUGAUCCCUAUUUUAGUUUAUUGGCAACAUAAUAGCUCAUAUUACCAAACAUUCUGAAAGUUUAGCAGUUUCAUUGAUGAAAAUGUGAAUUGUAUUAAAAAAGGAACACAUAAAGUUUAUUUUUUUUCAACACCAAUUGGUAAAUGCACACUGGCGAGUCUAAUUCACACAGUUUUGAAAUGAAAAAAAUACAAGUGAUGUUACAUGAAUUGGUAUACAGAAUAAGGAAAACAUCAAUUGCUAAUAUUCAUCUAUAAAUAAUUAAUACAACAAUAUUUAUAUAGUAAUACAAAGACAGUCAUGGAAAGAAAGUUCUUGAGGAAGGAAACCAGUCCUAUGAAUGUGCAUGUAGCUGUGAUGGAAAGACAUGCAUGAAACAUAAACAGAUUCUGAGUUAUAUGUGGUUUUCUUCCCUCUUUGUGCUCCAGUCUGGUUUUGAGACACAAACUCUCGUAGCUCAUGCAGUUGCACUUUUGUUUUGGAAGGGUUACUGCGUAUUACAUUUUUAUGUAAUAACUGUUUAUCUGAAGUAGAGGAGAAUCAUAAAAUAUAAUUCAGAACCACAUAAACCCCUGCUCACUGGCAUCUUUUAGCAAAAGAUAAAAAAAAAAAACAUUGACAAUGUUUUCACUAAUCCAAAUCUACCUACAGUUUCAGUCCAUUUCUAUGAGGGAGAGAAACAAAGAGUCAUUCUUCUAUUACAAUUACAUUUUGCUAUAUUAACAACACGUUCUCACUCCCAAGGCAUCAAAGACUAACGCUUGUGCAAGAGACCAGCGCGUCAAUCUACAGACGCCAAAAGUGCCCUCUGGCGUCAGUUUUACGAUGCAUCCGGCAAGUGCGUUCUUUUCAACAAGAAACCUUUGACAUCAACUGACUGACGCGAUGGGCAUUCGAAUUUUAACAUUGUUUAAUUAUACGUUGGGGUACAAUUUUGUCAUCGUGAUAUGUUGGGGGUAUGAUUUUCAUUUCAUUUGAAAUAUUUAUUCACUGUGGUUAAUAUUUAAUCUGUCUGUACACAUCCUGCACUGAAGUGACCCGUUUCAUUCCAGGUGUAUUCCGAGUCUUACAAUCAUUUUAUGUCAAGAACAAACCUAAAAUGUAGGUUUUUAGUCGCCGAUGACAGUCACCCGGCGUCCACCGUAACACAUCCUGCACAAGUUUUGUUAUAACCAAGGGCAUAGCCAGGAAAUUACUUUUGGGUGGGCCUCGAUAAAAAUGGAUGGGCCAAGUUUUUGCCCAAAUUUUUUUUAACCAAAUUUUCCUUAACAACAGAGAAGCAGCGCAUUCAAACAGUUCUUCCACACUUUCAGAAAUUAGAAUAUAUGCAUUUUUUAAACUGUUUUAUAAAUAUAUAUUUGAAUUAAAAAAUAUCUCUAACAUUGUGUGGCUACACCACUGGUUAUAACACAUUUUUUGUGAAACGGGUUUCAGGUCAGAGACUCACUGGCUCUUGCGUGUCUUGUGACCGAUUGUCAGCUCAAGUUCGGAUGUACGUGUAUUUUUUGAAUGAGAUGUGCUGGUAGAAUCAGGAUGACACAUGAUUGAGAUGCCUUCACAGAGGGGGAAUAUUUUUACCAAUUAAAACAUUCAGUUUCACUCUGCUACUCACACAAUGCCAUUGUAUGGUUUGGAAUAUUAUUAUAGUGCAUUAAAAAAAAAAUGAUCGUGACUACUUUA